CCCCUCCCGUUCGUGCUCUGUCUCAGGCAGCAAGUAGACGGCGCCGGACCACCAGGCAGAGCCUUGCGCUGAGAAAGCUGAGUCACACAAGCGGCGGCCGCUCCAGCAGCGAGGCUAACGGCGAACUAACGGUGUGUGCUCCACUGUGGAAGCUGCUCAGUCUUCACACUCGCCCUGAAGAUGUUGACUAUUACGCUCAAAACGCUCCAGCAGCAGACCUUUAAAAUAGAGAUAGACGAGGAGCUCACGGUAAGAGCCUUGAAGGAGAAAAUUGAAACAGAAAAGGGGAAGGAUGCAUAUCCAGCUUCUGGACAGAAGCUCAUCUAUGCAGGUAAAAUCUUAAAUGAUGACAUACCCCUAAAGGAGUACAAAAUAGAUGAGAAGAAUUUUGUUGUGGUGAUGGUAACAAAGCCAAAAUCAACACCACAGGUUCCAGCUCAGCCUGUACCUUCUCCACCUUUUGUUAGCACCCCAUUGCCCAUUGUUGCUCCUUCAGCCCCUGCCCCUGCCCCUGCCCCUGCCCCGGCCCCUGCCCCUGCCCCAGCCCCAGCCCCAGCCCCUGACCCUGGCCCUGACCCUGACCCUACCCCUACCCCUGCUAUAGCAGCUACCAUUGCACUUCCCCCAGCACCAGCACCAGCCCCUGCCCCUGUCCUUACACCUGCACCUGUCCCAGCCUCCGCACCCUCAGAGGAACAGCACGCUCCUCAGACAGAGCCUGCCACCUCCAUACCCCCCACAACCAUGGAAACAAGCACAGAAGCAGCAGCCUCCAGCGUCCCCAGUACUCCUACGGUGGUGGAAGCCAAACCUCAGGAAGAACCACGAGAAGAGCCACUGGCUACCUCUCCGACCCUCAUUUCUUCCAGCAUUGCUGAAGAAUUGAACCUUUUAGAAGAAGCUGCAUCAAUACUGGUGACAGGGCAGGCGUAUGAGAAUUUGGUUGCAGAAAUAAUGUCAAUGGGCUAUGAAAGGGAGCAGGUGAUCGCAGCAUUGCGAGCCAGUUACAACAACCCGGACAGAGCGGUGGAAUAUCUUCUCACGGGUAUUCCUGUGGAAGCGGAUAUUCCGCUCCGGGAAUCGACCCACCCCCCACCGACAGCAAACCCCAGCCCUUCAGCUGCAGAGAGACCUCAGCCUCCCCCAGCAGGAAGCACAGGCGCUGUGUCCUCGUCCCCAGCGCAGUCCUCCAGCAACCCCCUGGAGUUUUUGAGGAACCAACCACAGUUCCAGCAGAUGCGACAGAUCAUCCAGCAGAACCCGGCGCUGCUGCCUGCUUUGCUCCAGCAGUUGGGCAGAGACAACCCCCAGCUGCUCCAACAAAUCACCCAGCAUCAAGAGCGGUUUGUGCAGAUGCUGAACGAACCCCUUGGAGGAGACCUGGGAGGGGAAGGAGCUGAAGGACAGAGGGUAACACAGGCGAACUACAUCCAGGUCACACCGCAGGAAAAAGAGGCAAUCGAAAGGCUAAAAGCCUUGGGAUUUCCGGAAGGACUGGUCAUUCAAGCCUAUUUUGCCUGUGAAAAGAACGAGAAUCUUGCGGCAAACUUCCUGCUUCAGCAGAAUUUUGACGACGAGUGAUUGUCCAGCGGAGUGAAAAGAAGAGAUUAGCAGUGGCGAGGGUAGCAGGUGCCUUUGAAGGACCUGGGAGGGUCUCUGGUCUCGACUGGUCCCCCAGCAUACUUCUCACGGGGCGAAGCCAGGCGAGGCAUGCCUGUUCCGUUUAUCGUUCACACUGUACACUCUCCCACUGCUGCUGUUCCUGCUGGAUAUGCUGUGUGAGUUUUUUGCAUCUACACUGGCAUUCUUUGCUUAUAUCCCUGUUUUUGUCCAUUAAGAUUUCCCGUGUAGCAGGUUUUUCAGUUUGUGUGUCUUACAAUUGGAUCUUACCUGCUUUCCUGGGAAACGCUGUGCCAACCAUGGAAAUGCAGAUAGUAACAAAAAAAAAAACAAAACAAUCAUGAAAUGCGGCCAUGUUCAAGCCUGUUACUAAGGCAACCACCAAGCUUGUGUGAAACUUCCCUUCUGUUGUUUGAUAAUCCGAUUUAAAUUUGUGCUAUUAACUGAGUGUGUUUAAUGCAAAACCUCAUGUUAUACAGGUGAACAGUCCCAUAAUGGCUGUGGAGGGUCAUUUAUUUUAGGUUCAUUAUUACACUAAGCAGGCUGCAUCGGCAUAGUAAAAAUAAUGCUCUUUGUUUUCAUGGGCAUUUAUAGGCUUACAUGCUUGAUGGUUUUAUGUUUGCAGCUUUAGCGUUCCCUCGGAAUAUAGUCUGUGCUUCUCUUCAAAUGAAAUUUAGCACUACUUCACAUUAACAGACAGUGGUAUUUUAGCAGCAUGCAUUCUGGAUUAAAAAGACAUUGACACUCCUCUGAAGUAUUAGGCAUAUUCUGAGUGCAUAAGGGCAGAGGUUCUUUCCAAAUUCUCACUUAAAGAAAAACUGGUGAUCUCUCCCCCCCCCCCCCCCGAAAUGUGGAUUUUUGACUGUUAGGACAUUUUCCUGAGAAAAUUGAUCAUUAUUAAAAUGGGGCAGGAAUAUGAUGAUUUUGACUGGAGCCAGACUGAAUUAUUAAAGUGACCCUAGAGUUUACCAGUUUAACUGUUAUACCAGUUGCAUUUUCCCUUGAACAUUUCUUUUUGUAGCACUGUAUUCAAAGCAGCAUUUUUAUGGAUGACACUGAUAGGGAUGUUUUUCCUCUGUUCUUGCUUUUCAGUAGAAUUGUUUGGUUACUGAUCGAGACUUACUUUAUUGAAGUAUACCAGUGUGAAGUUGCAAGACUUUUUUAGCAAUGAAAAUAUAGAAAAUGUCAUGGUAAAGCAGAUGAAAAUGGAUCAGGAUAUAUUUAAUUGCAUGAAAAUAUCAGGUUUGUUUGAAAGGAUUUUAUUCUAUAGGUAAAUAAAUAAUGUGUCUGAGGUUGUUUAACUCUUUAAAUGCGAAAAAGAAACUGCUCUUUACAAAGGUGGUCCUUGUUAUUAUUUUUUUAGAUUG